AUGAGGCAGGAUGGGUUGUCUAGGAAUGCGUCUCUGGAGGAUGCGAUGGCCGCAGAGGAUGAUCCAGACUCCAUGCAGAGUUUCCUUCUGCAGGCGUUAUCGCGUUCAGGUGGAGGAGAGCGAGGUGGUCACAUGGCACAGAAAAAUCUAGCUCUGGUGCAGAGUUUGGACGGGCUGAGGAGGGGUCUCCUGCACAGAGUGGGUAGUUCUGUCUACGGUAACCUGAGGAAGAAAGUGUCACGAGUUACCAUGGCGCUGCUUGAUGAUGUCAGCAGCCUGGUGGAUGUGCCACAGCCCAACACUCGGAGCCGGUGCUCAGUUGGUGACCUGAGACAACUGAUCUUAUGGGGGAUAAGACAUAAUGUGACAUGGAACACUCAGGCUUUGGGUGUUAGCUCCCAGGGUCUCCCAAGUUCGCUACCAUUCCUGUCCUGCCCCUCCACCGAAGCAGAUGAACUAAGAUCAAGACUAAAAUCAGGCCACUCAUCUCCAAAAACAGGCCCCUCUACACAAACAAUCUCCAAACAAAAACGCCUUCAUGACCAACGCUCCCAGCUCAACCAGCCACAAUCAGGGAGAAUGAGCGAGAGCAACAACCAGCAGAGAGAGAUGGAGUUCUCCAGCUCUAUAGAAAUCCUGGAGGCUGUGUGUAAUGAAACCAUCCCAGGCUUGACAGGCGUCUCCAACUUCACCGUGUUUCUCUACUGUAAACUGUUUGAGGGGGAAAACGGGUCAGUUAAUCCUGCAGAGGCCCAGCUGGGGCUUGACCUGCAUGCCACGUGCUCUGAUGCAGCUUGGUACCUGUCUGCUGCUGAGGAUGACUUCCUUUGGGUUCAUGUCUGCAGUGAGUACUUUGCACAUGAAUUCAACAACACCGUGUGUGCCAACUCCUCUUUCUGGCUGCAGAGAGCACAUCAGGCUGCAGGGGCAAAGGACUACCAUUUUUUUAACCUGACGAAUAUAGAUGACCUGUGUGUGCAGCUGACAGGUGAGACAGUAGAAAGUCCGGUACUUGAUGAGAACUGUCUAGCCCAGUUAGGCAGCAGAUUGCUCAGUGCCCAGGCUUUCCGACACUGCUUCCUUCCCAACAACUCCGCCCUGAUCUCAGCUCUGUGCGGCAGAGAGUCCCCUGACUCACACCAGUCUUUGCCAGAGGGCAGCUGGGCCGCAGCGUACUGCUCAAAAAUACACAACUUCUCCCAUGUUGAAACCACUGAGGAGACUUGCCAGUAUACUACGUGGGCUGUGCAUCAUUUCACCAACUUUUCUCUCCUGGAGCUCUGCGGGCAGACACAUGGAUUGAGGGAGUACAUUUGUCUAAAUGCCACUCUCUACAAUCGGCUGUUAAGGUCAAUACCCCAGCUUGCUGAUAUCUGUGAUGACCUGCAGGCAGAACUGGAGAGCAGGAAGUGCCUCCUGCAGAGGUUUUUUGACAUGCUCCCAGCGCCGUAUGAGUUUGACACUUCGCAGCUGUGUGUGGAUCCGGCUCCACUGCUGGUGGAAGCUCUACACAAGCUGAGUGUGUGUGAGGUGGAGGGAGGGGAGCGUGAAGGGUUUUUAGUGAUGCUGGGAUACGUGUUGCGAGUCCUGGACUUCAUGGUGGGCCUCUCUUCGGGUCUGGAAGAGGGGGAGAGAGAGGCGAGACAAGGUUUGGGUCAAGCCAUCCUCCUCUCCAGUCUCCUUGACAACACCUCCUGGGCCAAACUGCAGCCAGAGGCCUCCAUGAGCGUCCUUCACACUGUCGGAGUCUUCCUCCGCAGGGAGCAAAACACCACUCUCAAAGAGGACCUUCUUAGCUGCUUCAGCCCUGUCCUGUGGGACCUCAUUCAACGGGAUGACAACUCAUCUGCUCUGAGGUUUCUGCUGCAGGAGUACCUCCAGAUGCCAAGAGACAGCAUCCGCACUCUGGUGAUGUCUGCUGAAAAAGAUGCUGUUAAGAGAUUUCUCUCCCAUAUGCAUCAAAGUUGGGACCAGCUACAAGUUGAAACUGACCAGGCAUCUCAAAAAGAGUUGCAGGCCAUGGAAACAAUGACCGCUGCUUUCAUCCAUAAGUUCCCCCGAGUGACCCCAGAGCUGUUCGUAGACCUGUCUCAGUUCAUUCCCUUCAUGUCUGUCUCUGACAUUAUGAGCUUCCCAGCCUCCCUGAUAGUCAACGACAGUGUGUUGACAGCCAUUCGUGACCACAGCUCAGGGAUGAAGUCACUGCAGAAAAAGGCCUUUGUAAAAAGACUCCUGCAGUCGAGUGUGGUGGGUGAUGUCCCUACGUGGCCACCAUACUUUCUCAGUUCCAUCCUUCCACUUCUGCCUUACCUCCCAGUCAGUCAUUUUCAGCAGCUGACAUCACAGCAGCUGACUCCUCUAGCAGAGUUGCUAGGCAACGGCAGCCUGGAUGGUGUAAGGGGGCGCCAUGUGCUCCGGACCCUCUUCAGCAAGAGGAAGAAUCUGACUAGUGAUAACAUACUGAGGUUAGGAGUCCUCACAUGUUACCUGGAUCCAGUGGACCUGGGUUCAUUUCUUCAGGACUCAGCUGUGUCCUCGGCUCUCUGGCAACAGCUGGCUCAGUGCAUGUCCAAGGGGUUCAUUAGUGCCAGCGGCAGGCUGUCCUCCUGGUUGAUACCAGCCGUUGAGAGCCUGAAUGUCAGCAACAUCACUCCCACACAGAUGUCUGCCCUCAGCGGUCUUCUGCCUCAGCUAGGAGCUUCCUUCUUGCUGUCGUUCUCCUCACAACAACUCCUGGAAAUCCUCUCACAGCCAGGAUUACACAGAUACUCCCCUGCACAGGCUUUUCAAAUGUUAUCCAAGAUUUCAGAGGACGCCACUCUCACCAUGGAAAAACUGUGCAGACUGAAGCCGUUACUUGCCGGUCUCUCCCCUGCUGUGCUCUCAGACCUCCAGUGGCCUGAGAUUGGUGAAGCUGCCCACUGCCAGUGCUGGAGGACAUUGCUAACUGAGCUUAAGCCCGGCCAUAGAGCCAUGCUAUACAAUGCAGUGCAGGAGGCUCUACACUUGCAGAACAUCACUCAGCAGGUAAACUGUCUAUUACCAUUCAUCCCCUUGAGGAAGCUGACGGAAACCUUAGAUGGGGAAACAAUCCUGAGAAAUAUCAGCCUGUACAGAGACAUACGCUGGUCGCCACAGCAGGCUCAGCUUUUGUUCAAAAUGAUCCACAAAUUUAAAAACAUUACCAGCAACACGGUAAGGGAUCUGGGUCAUAUUGCUGGUGGAAUGAGUUGUGACUUCCUGAGGCUUUGGAGCAACGAUACAGAUUUUGCAGAGCUGCUCCAGUUUGUUAGUGAGCUGCCUGGAGGCAUGAGACCUGCUCUGCGAAAAUGUAUCGUAGACGAACUGAGGAAACAACCGGAAUUCGACCUCAGUGCUUUGAGCUCUGGGUUUGCUGCAACUUUACCUGUGACAAUGAUAGAGGGCUUCUCUAAUGCCUCCUUCAGAGCCAUUCUGAGCCACAUUCAGGCACACUUUGCUGAGUUCCUCAGACUGCCACAUUACAAGCAGACAAAUUUGGCAGAGAAAGCCGUAACUGAGCUGGGCUCCUCUCAGAGUGAUGGGGAGAUUGAUGGCACCACUCUAGAUGUCCUGGGGCCUUUACUGCCUUUCUUGGACCGGGACAGUUUGGCUCUGGUGGACAGAGGAGCUCUGGCUCUGCGGCUGGAGGAGAUGAGAAGUUUCUGCCUUCCUAAAGAGGCUCUGAGAGAUAUUAGUGCCCUGCUCACUCAGAAAGACCUAUUUGGGGAGCCAUCUAAAUGGCAGGUUGGGGAUGUGGAACAUUUGGGCAGGCUGGUGUUUUCUCUGUCAACAAAGCAGAUAAACUCCAUCCCACUGACAGUGUUGAAUAAAGACACAGUGGAGCAGGUCCUGGUGGGUCAAAGUCACUGGGAAGACAGCAUGGUGGGUGGAGUCUGUGUUACUCAGUGUAUGGACCAGCAUCGCCAGAGACAGCAGACUCAGAGUCUCAUUCGAGGGAUUGUCAAAGCACGGAGCAGGCGAGCAAAAGUGCCAGUUCCAAGCUGUGCAGACAUCAGAGGGACGUUCCCUUCAGCUUGGACCUCCACUCAGCUCAGCCGUAUGUCACCAGAGGAUCUGAAACAGUGUUUAGAAGUUUUUGCUCAGGACGCUUCAAUGAGCUCAGAGCAGCGCCGGGCACUGUGGGUGAAACUAAGACAGUCCUUCAGUCCGGUGAGAGAGCUGAGAGCAGAUCAGUUGCUGGCUCUGGGCCCAGUGGUGACUGAGAUGGGAGAACGAGAGCUGCACGACGCCACUCUCACUGAUCUGGGUGUGUUGGCACAUCUGGGGACACUGACAGACUGGAGCCCUAAAAAGAUGAGAGCAGUAAUUUUAGGAGUGAUGCGGAAACGCAAACUGAAAGUGGAGCAGUUAUCAGCUGUUGAUCUGGCAACCUUUGGCCAUCUGAUGUGUGGUCUGUAUCCCUCAGAGAUGAAAAAACUGGACCCCUACAACCUCAGUAUGGCUGUCCUGUUCCUGCGGGAGACAUCCCUUCCAUGCACGGAGCAGCAGAUAGAGGCGUUGACAGGCCUUUUGUCCAGACCUGAGGCCUUUGGUCAAGUCAGUGCUUGGGGACCAGAAGUUUUCACUGAAAUUGGGACACUGGCAGUGGGCCUGGAGGACAUGGUGCUGUCAGCUCUGGUACAGGAACAAGUGGAGGGAAUCACCCCUGAAGCCAUCGCACUGAUGUCACCAAAAAAGAUGGCAGUGGUGUUCAGUGCAGUUCAGAUGUCGUGGCUGAGCGCGGAGCAGGCGUGGGCGGUCACCGAGGAGCAGUGGGCAGAGCUGGACUCCGAGCAGAGGCACGCUGUCGGACUUGCUCGCUAUGAAGGAGACGUCCUACUGGAGCAGAGAGGGAGAAACUCGGCUCCAGCGGCAGACAGCUUCACCGUACGCUCACUGGCUUUGUGCGUCUUGUUGUGGCAACUCAUGUAACAUGCUGGAGCGAAUGUAUUUGUCCCUUGACCUCCC